UCUCAGUCUGCUUUCGAACGCGAGUGCGCGCUGUGGCCCGUUAGACGUGGAAAUAAAAAGCAUAACAACGAAAAGCACAAAAAAAAAUUCAUAAAAUAUACAUUCUACAAAGCGAUUUGCCAAACAUUCAGAAAAAUUCUAUAAUUUGUUGUUUUUCGUAUUGCGGCAAGAAAAGAGCUGCGACGAGCGCUAAAAUUAGCGACCGGUGUUGUGUAGGGUGCUGUAUGAGUACCAAUCCCAAAGAGGCUACGCCCCCCAAGCCGCCGGCCUAGCUACGAAAGAGCGUGCUGCUCGCGUCCCAAAUUGCUGCCAUUUGUGAAUUUUACAUAUUUGAAUUAGUAUUUGUUUAAACGAUGUGCACAUUGCAAUAAAUAUAUAAGAAAUAAAGAUUGUUAGCCAGAGCCUUUUAAAAUUGAGAGCUUUGCGUGCUAAGUGAAAAAAAAAAUCGAUAUACAAGUUGUUAAAACCUCAGGAUUUGUAGACUGAUUCAACAAAAUGCCAGCUUCCAAUACGAUUGUGCUGAAGAGUUUGUCCGUUUUGCUGGGACUCUUUUUUAUAUUUGUGGGCACACUUAAACUAACGCCACACAUUAGCAAGGAUCUAUACAAGGACCUGCGCACAGAGUACGUUAAAUAUGCCAAGGUAUUUCCCUUGACCGCUGUUUUUGGGGUGAAAAUACCUUCGAAAUGGUAUCGACGCACUGUGGGCAUAUUGGAGAUUGUUUGCGGAUUGGCCAUGGCUCUGAUACCCUAUCACAAAGUCAAAAAUGUGGCCAACGUAACGCUGCUGCUUCUUAUGCUGUUGGGCAUCUAUCAACACUGGAUGGUUAGUGAUCCCUUUGAGCGCUCUGGACCCGCGCUGGUGUUCACCUUUAUGCUGGGCGGCCGUCUGGUGGUCUGGUAUCAAACAAGCCGCAAGGAGGCUGCCGAUUUGGCAGCUGUCAAUGCGUCACAAGCAAAUGGACUCAAACAGGAUUAGACAUUGAUUACAAUUACAUUAAACAAACCAACUCAUACUCGUUGCACUUGUAAACUGCUUUGUUUUAGCACAAUUAGUUAAAUUUCGAAAUUAGCAGUGAAUACAAAUAUUAUAAACUAAUUUAAACCUAUUAGCGAAAUCGAAAUUAAUGUUUUCAAUUUGGUGCCAAAUAGCAGACUACAUAUGUGCGUACUUCAUAAUAAACUAUAUAUUACAUACAAAAAAUGAACAGAAAUAUAGUUAAAAACACAAUGACCAUUUUGAUUCAACAUUUAAAUAUAAAUCCUGCAAAAUACACACACACACGGCACUAUGCUGUAAACGCCCAUGACUUUUUAGCAACAAUUUUAAUAAAUUUGAAUCAUAAUCAUAUAAAUU